GUCACAUGUUUUGUGCUAUUGUUACGUUUUAAGUAGUAAUAGUGAACGGAAAGCAAAAUAUCAAAGGGGCAAAGAGGACUUUUGACGCAACUCUCAGGCGAAGUUUAUCUCCCAAUUAGCAGUUGAGGGCGGAUUUCCCCGACAACCUACGACGACGAUGAUUUAGCUGGAGCUCUAAUUCUAAUAAUCUCUCCUUCUUUUGGGGUUAGGUAUCGGAACUUGUGGAAUUUCCGAUCCCAUCGGAAAAGAAAGUAAAAUGGCGUCACCGGAUAUUACUGAAAUGUUGGAAAAAUCGAAGGAGCUUGAUCGUUUAAGGAAAGAGCAAGAGGAAGUACUCCUUGAAAUCAAUAAGAUGCACAAAAAGCUUCAAAACACUCCAGAAGCCGUUGAGAAACCAGGCGACAAUUCCCUGUCAAAACUUAAGAUGUUAUAUACUCAAGCCAAAGAGCUUUCCGAGAGUGAGAUGAGUAUCUCCAACCAGUUGUUGGGCCAGCUGGAUGCAAUGAUUCCUGCUGGAGGUGCUGGCCAACAACGAAGAAGGAUAGAAGGCAACGAGCAGAAAAAGAAGAGGAUGAAAGGUGAUCCUGACAUUCCUAGGCUCUCUCCUUCCAUGCGAAAUCAGCAGGAGUUCUUUGCUAGCUUGAAGGGAGAACAAGUGGCUGCUAGAGUUGCGCAAGAAGAUGGUGAAAAGGAUGAGUGGGUUAUUGUCAAAGUUACUCAUUAUGACAAAGAAUCAAAAGAAUUUGAAGUUUUAGAUGAGGAGCCGGGAGAUGACGAGGAAGGUGGUGGUCAGAGAAAGUACAAGCUACCCUGGUCACAUAUUAUACCUUUUCCCAAGAUGAGUGAUCUUGCAACCGCUCCAGAAUUCCCUCCUGGAAAACAAGUUUUGGCAGUUUACCCAGGAACGACAGCCUUGUACAAAGCCACAGUAGUCCAGGCCCGCAAGAGGAAGAGUGACGAUUACACAUUAGAGUUUGAUGAUGAUGAGGAAGAUGGGUCUCUACCUCAACGCAUGGUGCCCUGUAACCAGGUUGUUGCUCUUCCAGAUGGACAUCGCCAGUGAAAUAUAGUUACUCUUUACACGUCCAGAGUCACUAAAUUUGGACAAUCUACUGUAUGUAUCUAUUAGCCUUCUAAGGGUGAGCUGUGAACCUAUUCACAUUUAGUUCGUAGCAUUGUUACUUAUCCAGAAAAAGAAAAUAUUAUCUAUGUCGUGCAAUGUAUUUAUCAAAGAAAAUCUUUGCUGUACGAUUUUCUAGUGUUCUUGGUGUACAGUAAUUGGACAUGAAAAAAUAAAAUCCUAGUAUUUUGAGUUGUAAA